AUAAAGUUCAUAAAGCAUGCAAAAGAGGCAUUGCACUUGUUAAAAGAAGACACAGAGAUCGAUUGAUGAAAAUGGUGGAGGAAGAAGUGGUGAUUGUCGGAGCUGGGAUAGCAGGGUUGGCCACGGCGGUGGCUCUGCAAAGACUUGAAAUUCGAGCCUUGGUAUUAGAAAAAUUUCCUUGCCUCCGAGCCAGUGGUUCAGCUAUAACCCUCUUCCCGAACGCCUUGCUUGCUCUUGAUGCUCUUGGUGUUGCUCAUAAGCUCACUUCCCUUUAUGAUCCUACGGAGAGUGGAUUUGUUACCAAUGUUGAAACUGGGGCUACUCAAGAAACUCCCUUUGCUGGAAAUACAGCCACUGGGCUUGGAGUUGGACCCCGAUACGUUCAUCGUAAAACUUUAUUGGAGGUGUUGGCAGGUGAGUUACAGACUGGCUCGAUCCGUUUCUCUUCACAUAUUGAUGCCAUUGAAACACAGUCACUAGAAGGUUCAACAAUUCCUAUCAUACAUUUGAGUGAUGGCACUAUAAUCAAAUCUAAGAUUUUGAUAGGAUGUGAUGGGGUACACUCGAUGGUGGCGCGUUGGCUAGGACUUGGAACACCAGUGAAUACAGGAAGAUCAUGUGUGCUUGGAUUGUCUGUGUUUCCUGAUGGCCAUGGCUUGAAGCAAGAAGUGAGACAAUUUGUAGCUGUGGGUCGAAGGGCUGGUUUUGUUCCUCUCAAUGACAAAGAGACAUAUUGGUUCCUCAACUGUAUAUUUUCACCAAAAGAAGAAAUCAUGAGAGCAGAACCAGAAGUGAUACAAAGAGAACUACUAGAGAACUAUGCCAAAGACUUCCCUGAAAUAUACAAAGAUAUGAUCAGGCAUUCUGAUCAAUCAAAAUUGAUCUGGGUUCCAUUGACAUUCAGGUGUCCAUGGGGCAUCGCUUUUGGCAAAUUAAGGAAAGGUAACAUCACAGUUGCUGGCGAUGCAAUGCAUCCCAUGACACCUGACCUUGGACACGGUGGCUGUGCCGCACUAGAAGAUGCAGUGGUACUUGGUCGACACAUUGGGAAUUCAAUAAUAAGAAAUGGAGGACUUGUUCCUGGGGCAAUUGCUGAAGACUUAGAUGGUUAUGUUGAGGAAAGAAAGUGGCGUGUGACUUGGUUGGCUGCAGGGUCAUAUUUAUCUGGGUGGAUUCAACAAGGAGGAUCAAACUGGUGGAUGAAAAUCCUGAGAAAUGUCUUUUACAACUUCCUCUUUCCUAAGCUUCUUAGUGUUAUAAAACAUGAUUGUGGGAAAUUGCCUGUUGUUCCUUUCUCUAGUCAAGUGGACCCAAAGAAAAUAGAGUAAGUUUCAUAUUGCAUUGGAACUGUGAUAACCAUUGAAGAACAAUAAAAUAAAAGGCAUAGCCUAGUUGCUCAA